AUGUCUUCCAGAGCCGGAAUUACCAAGAAGGCCUGUGAUGGAUGCAAGAUCCGAAAGAUCAAAUGCGGCGGGGGGCAGCCAUGCCAGUCCUGCUUCAAUGCGCGCAUCAAGUGCACCUAUAUCCGUGUGCAGCAGCCUCGCGGUCCUCAGAAAUUGCGCGCGACCACCAAAUUCCUCAUCGACCAGGCGCAAAGAGGCUUGGAAAUGCAGAAUGCACUACCCUCGGCUCCAGUGAGAGGGGAAGUGCUCGAGGCCGACCACGCGCUUCAGAACCCCGCAGUGUGCGAAUCCCAACACAGCUCGAGAUCUCGAAUUCUGAUCAAUGUCCUCGCAUCCCCGCUGUACAUCUAUCAUGUUCGCAUGUAUCCGGUCUGGCCUAUUGUCGAUGUCGAAAAGGUCCUGGCGAUCUUGCAGCAAGACGUAGAGGAGAAAGAGCAUGAAACAUACGCCCUUGCAACUGCAGUAGCUGCCGCCACCAUCGCCCAGUUACGGCUUGGACAAAACUCAGAGCCGGAAAAAUCUCUGAGUGCGGAGAAUUUUGCGCUCGAGAGCAUGCGAGCACGACGGCUGUACGACUAUCGCUCGAGGCUCAAUCUAAACAAUGUGCGCACCGCUUUCUUCCUGCACGUUUACUACGAGAACCAACAGUCGGGGGCGAGUGAAUCGUUACUCUAUCUGCGAGAAGCUAUCACCUUGGCACAAAUGAUGUCCCUCCACCGAGAAGCUUCGUAUGCGGGACUACCAGCGGAGGAGCAACAACUGCGUCGGCGCGUGCUGUGGUUGCUAUUCGUCACAGAACGGGGAGUCUGCAUCCUCCACAAGUUACCCGUUAUUCUGAAAACGAACGUCUCCACUCCAGCACUCGACACGAGCGAUGAACCACAAGUUCUCCCCGCUUUCCUCAAAUUGCUCAACCUUUUUCGCUUGUUUGAGCAGUCCCGGAUGUUUGAUCUCAUCGAAGACGAUAACGUUGGAAGAGACACGAUUUCGGAUGAGGUGCAGGGCGUGGAUGCAAGGUUUCUACGGCUGCUGCAGGAGAAUCUUCAGGACGGAUCAGCAUUAUUAGACCACAUAUCGGAUGUACAAAAGGCCGACCUGUGCGUGACGCGACACUGGAUGCGGAUGAUACUCUGGAAGUUCUCGUUCAAGCAGGGUUUGCAAGGUUCACCUUCGUCCCAAUGGCCGAACUCUCCUUCGUUUCCCGUGUUAGUCGCGAAGGAGCUCCUGAACAUAGUCUCCCAGCUUCCACGAACGGCGAUUGAAGCCCACGGCCUCGGUAUGGAACUCAAGCUCUAUGAGAUCGCCAGCUCACUAGCCGACGCCGUAAUCAAUCUGGCCAUGCUGCCGCGAGCCCCAGUCUGGGAUGGCGAAACCCGCCCCAGCAGCAUCCUGGCUCGACUCCACUCGAUUCUCUCCACCUUCCGCGGCGGCGGCAAUAAAGAACUAGCGGAGCUACUGUAUAAGAAAAUGGCGGAUGCGCAGUCUAGCAGUGGACCUGCAUUACCGCCGCCGAUACGCGAGGUCCACACGCCAGUUAGACGUAAAGCCACACCCCGCCCAGACACCAACGGUGGGGACAGCCCAGCCGCCGAACUGCCUGCAUCGACCCUAGCAGACGUCUUCACGAGGACCGCCGAUCACAGGGCUCCAGAUACCGUGGCUGAUUGGACGGCCGCGGACGAC